UUAAGUAUUUAAGUAGACAAGCUAAAACAUGCUUAGAGAGCUUUUAAUUAGUUUUUUUUUAAUUAUGUGUAUAUUAGAAACGAAAAAGAAAGCUUUAGAAUUUCCGCAAACCGACAAGUCGGGCAUUUCAAUGAUUUAAAUGUGUCGUUGUGAGACCGGAAGGCCCACCCACCUAGCACCGAAAAAUGGGCGACGAGGAGCGCAGAGCUCUGGCAAUCAAAUUGGAGGCUUUGUGUUUGCAGAGGAUGGCUCUCCACCAACAGGCCCUGCGUGGUUCUUUGCGGAGGUUCCCGCCAAUCCCGCGUCCAUUGACGGCGUGGCGAGCCGCGACGUGAUUCUCGACAAGGAUCGGGGACUUUGGGUGAGAGUUUUCCGUCUGGAAGAGCUGGAGAACCGCACGCUGCCCAUCGUCAUCUUCUACCACGGGGGAGGAUUCGUCUACAUGAGCGCCGCGAAUGCGAUCUUUCACAGAUUUUGCGAGGCCCUGUCCAGGAAGCUGGGAGCGAUCGUGGUGUCUGUGAAUUACCGCCUAGCUCCGGAGCACAGGCUCCCGGCGGCCUACGACGAUGGCUACGACGCCCUCAACUGGGUCCGAGAGAUCGCCAAGAGCAGCAGCGAUCAAGACGCUUUCGCUCACGCGGAUUUCUCCAAGAUCUUCGUUAUGGGCGACAGCGCCGGGGGAAAUCUCGCAGCCCGCGUGGCAUUGCGCGCUGCCCAGGAUGGAAUCCCGCUCGCCGGCCAGAUCCUCCUCCAGCCCUUCUAUGGAGGCACGUCCAGGACCGAGUCGGAGCUCAGGCUGGGUCCUCCGACCCGAUGAUCACGCUACGCAUCACCGAUUUUUGCUGGCUGGCGGCGCUCCCCGAGGGAGCGGUCGACCGCGAUCAUCCAUCUUGCAACAUGACGCUGGAAUUACCUGGAGAUCUCGCGAGAUUGGGGGCCAGGGGACUGGCGAGAGCGCUAGUGGUGGUGGGCGGCAAGGAUGUCCUCCACGAUCACCAGAGCUGACGGGAUUGGAUGUACACAAGCUUUGGCAGCCAUUCACGAAGAUGGCAUUUCUUCCUUUUGUCUUUGCGGUGUCACCAGGCAGCCUUCUCUCAUUCCACUGCGCAUUCCCUUCCAACCAACAGUGCUUGAUGGGUGUUGGAUUGGAUUCAAAAGAACAAUAGUUGUAGUGUUAGAUGUU